UUUAAAGAAUCGCGACCGCCGCCACUGACAUCUUUUCCUUUGAACUACAGGCACCUUAAUUCCUACCUUAGUCUCUCGUUGAAUAUGCGCUUUUACGCCUCGUUUUCCCUUGCCUUUGGGCUUGUGGCUGCCAGCCCUUGCAAGCCACUGACUUCCACUGUUGUGUCGGCGGUUAUUUCAGCAUCUGUCACGACCGACGCCUCUAGCACAUUUAUUGAGUCUGCGUCUUCUACGGUUGUAUCAACCGCGACAACCACCGAGACCGAUGUAGCUGAAACCUCGACGUCGACCGAUUCUGUCGUAAUUGAGACUUCGACUGCGAUUGGUUCGACAAGCACCGAGUACACUGAAGUCAGCAUCUCAACAGCCGAGUCUUCGUCCGAGCCAACUUCUGCUACUACAGCCUCUGCCGCCGCUACCUCAGUUGAUACGACUACAGCCCUCACAACCGAGGCUUCAUCCGUCGAAACAUCUACUGCUGUCGCAACCACCACCACUUCCGAAGAAGCAGGCCCAACGAGCUACUUCCUUGUCGCUGGUGAAGGUCCAGCUCUCGGAGGCCAAGUCAAGUCCAACUUGGACAGUUUCACGCCCCUAGUGUUCGGCGACCGCGGCUCAACUUUCAAUCCAGUCCGAUUCCUAGUUGACGAGACAACCGGACAACUCCAACAAGAUGGCGUGCCCGUUUGCGCAAAUUACCAAGCCGGAUCACCUUACGCAAAGGUCACACUAUGCGACAACGCCAGUCUAUACUAUGGCAGUGUACACCUCAACUGUGCACAAUUUGAGCGUCCUGGUACCGCCAUUAGAUGCAGUGCGGUGAAAUUGGACUGCUGGUCGACUGGACCGGGUUCUUCUCAGGCGUGCUCGAGAUCAAUGGACCCCGAUUGGGACACGUUCUUUAUCUCUAACAGCGGCGAUCAUGUCUGGUACCUUAGUUCGGGGGAUCUGCAGAGAGACUUCUUGACCACUGUUGAAGUAUUUGUUGAUCAUGUUGAGACCAGCACUUGAUAGACGGAAUAAUUGAAACUAGAUCCAAGACAGGCCGGCUAGCCUUCAAUAUUACAUUCUCAUUCACUUCUAUUCCACUGUUUGUCAGAAUGCUGUAGGGUAGAUCGUCUUAUCAUGGCGACUGUUGCACGGAAUCCGUCGAAUUAUAUCGUUUACGGUUUCCAUAUUUUUUAAUUUAUCUAAAGACACACUUAUUAACUGCAACUUCCGUUAAACUGUCUUCUCUCUGCAACAUUUCAACUCAGGGCGGCAUGCGGUAGAGUCCACAAAGACAUCGUUGAUGUCACCAUAAUGAGCAACGGGAAAAUAAAAUUAUUAUACAUCGCAAACAGCAAAACAAGUUCAAGUGAAUGACUUAUCGCCCAAUGGUUCUUUUCA